UAUAUUUUCAGCCUCAUAAAAUCAUAAAAUAUGAUUUCAUGGGAAGAUGUUUACCAUGUCCUGGAGGCAACAGUUCCAUUAUAUGUAGCCAUGGCCUUGGCCUACUUGUCUGUAAGAUGGUGGAAACUGUUCACGCCAGAUCAAUGCUCUGUGAUUAACAAGUUCGUUGCAAAGAUUUCUAUCCCUUUGCUUUCAUACCAUGUCAUCUCCACGAACAAUCCUUACCACAUGAAUCUCAAGCUUCUCUUAGCAGACAUUGUGCAAAAGUUCUUGGCUCUUAUCAUUUUCGCAAUCCUCAGUAAAGUGUACAUCAAAGGAAGUAUUGAUUUGUUGAUUACCGGAUUUUCUGUAUCUACACUACCAAACACUCUGAUUGUGGGAAUUCCAUUACUGAAAGGCUUGUAUGAUGAUGAAGCUGCACAGCUUCUUGGCCAGAUAGUCGUCUUGCAGAGCCUUCUUUGGUAUACCCUUCUCCUGUUUCUGUUUGAGUUCCGUGCUGCUAAAGAAUUGUCCUCACCGGCAUCAGAAAACUCUGUGCACAUGACAGACAAUCACUUUGCACAUGAAGUGGCAAUAGAAGAAGACGAAAUGGAAACUCGGGAGAGGAUUCACUCAAGGACAGAAGAGAAGAAAAGUAUCAUUAUCAAGUUUAGGAACAAAUCUUGGCUAAUACUUUCAAUGGUUGGAAGGAAGCUGAUAUCAAAUCCCAACACAUAUGCAUGCUUAGUUGGCCUAUUAUGGUCACUCAUCAGCAAUAGGUGGGCUAUUGUGCUUCCAACGAUAAUAAAAAACUCCAUAUCAAUUUUAGCAAAUGGUGGUCUUGGAAUGGCCAUGUUCAGCUUAGGACUCUUCAUGGCAUCACAGUCAAGGAUCAUAGCAUGUGGCCUUCGGAUGUUGAUUUUUUCCAUGGUCUUGAGAUUCAUUGUUGGGCCAAUACUCAUGGCGAUCCCAUCAUACACCUUACAGAUGAAAGGGACUCUUCUUAAUGUUGCAAUUAUUCAAGCUUCUCUACCUCAAGGAAUUGUUCCAUUUGUUUUUGCUAAGGAUUAUGAUGUUUGCCCUGACAUUUUAAGUGCUGGGGUGAUUGUUGGUAUGUUUUUAGCCAUACCGGUAACUCUGGUAUACUCUUUGAUUAUAGACCGUGAUUGAAAUCUCAAACUCAACCAAUUGGAUAGAAAUUCUUAAAGGGGGUUGAUCUACAA